AUGACUCCGCCUCACUUCGCUUUCUCGGCAACUUUUAUUCUAGCACUGACAGGCCUAGUGUUUCAUCGAACACACCUCCUCUCUGCCCUAUUAUGUCUAGAAGGUAUAAUACUCUCUUUAUUUGUGGCGCUCUCACUCUGAGCCCUUCAACUAGAUAUUACUAGCUUCCUGGCCUCCCCCCUCCUCUUACUCGCAUUUUCUGCUUGUGAGGCAAGCACAGGCCUCGCCCUACUAGCAGCCACUGCCCGAACCCACGGCUCUGAUCGCCUUCAAAGCCUUAACCUCCUUCAAUGUUAA